AUGGCGUAUAAUGUUCAUGUAUACCAAGACUCUGUUGUCAACAAGAUCAUCGUCAAUGAGCAUUUUAAUUUUCAAGGCAGGAGCAAGGAGUUUAAGCUUGAUGCUCCUGACUUAAAUGCAGAGGGUUUUAAUGACAACAUUUCCUCUAUGAAGGUGAUCGGAAAUCCAUGGCUGGCAUACACAGAUUGCUUUUACAAAGGUGAGCAGUACAUCUACGAGGAAGGAGAAUAUCCUGUCAUGGAUAUAAAUGAUUCUAUUUCAUCACUGCAGUUGGUGAAAGAUGACCUGACAAAUCCUCAGAUCACUCUGUAUGAAUAUCCAAAUUAUGGAGGCAGGAGUGUUGUCCUCACCACUGAGACCAAGUUGAGUCCCUUCAACUUCAAUGAUACAGCAUGUUCUCACAAGGUGCAGAGAGGGGUAUGGGUCCUGUAUGAAAACGAGAACCGAGGCGGCGCAAAGAUGAUCCUCAAACCUGGUGAAGCUGUUGACAAAUAUGACUGGUGGAACAAGAAAGUGAGCUAUGUGCGUCCUGUCAAGGCAGGAAAACCAGGAGAAUUGAAGUGGAUGUGA